AUGGCCGUCCCCAGCAUCACCCUCAACACCGGCGCCCAGAUGCCCAUCGUGGGCUUCGGGCUGUGGAAGGUCAGCCGCGAUACCUGCGCCGAUCAGGUCUACAACGCCAUCAAGGCGGGCUAUCGUCUCCUGGACGGCGCCUGCAUUUACGAGAACGAAGCCGAAUGCGGCGAGGGCGUCGCCCGCGCAAUCAAGGACGGCCUCGUCAAGCGCGAAGACCUCUUCAUCGUCUCCAAGCUCUGGAACAACUUCCACGACGCGGACAAGGUGGCCCCGAUCACGAAGCGCCAGCUCACCGACUGGAAGAUCGACUACUUCGACCUCUUCCUCAUGCACUUCCCCGUCUCGCUCGAGUACAUCGACCCGGCCGAGCAAUACCCUCCCCCCGACGGGCCCGAAUUCCCAGCGGGCACCGCCUCCGUGCAGGAAACCUGGCAGGCGAUGGAGAAGCUCGUUGACGCGGGCCUGGCCAAAGCGAUCGGGAUCAGCAACUUCAACGGCGGCCUCUUGCUGGACUUGCUACGGUACGCGCGCGUGAAGCCCGCGACCCUGCAGAUCGAGCACCAUCCGUACCUGACGCAGGAGGUGCUGGUGCAGUAUGCGCAGGGGCAGGGGAUUGCGGUGACGGCGUAUUCGUCGUUCGGGCCGAGCUCGUAUAUCGAGCUUGACGCGGAGGAUGCGAAGAGUGCGCCGGUUCUGCUGGACCAUGCGGUGGUUGUGGAGAUCGCGAGGAAGUAUGGGCGGACGCCGGCGCAGGUGCUGCUGCGCUGGGCGACGCAGCGGGGUGUCGCUGUCAUUCCGAAGAGUGGGAAUGCUGAGCGGCUGGUUCAGAACCUUGCGUCGACGGACUUUGAGUUGGAUGGAGGUGAUAUCAGGGCGAUUAGUGGAUUGAACCGGAACUUGCGCUUCAAUGAUCCUAUGAAGUUUGGGGAGCCGCACCCGGUCUUCUACUGA